AUGGGGAAUAGUUUAGAGAUAAGUAUAGAGAACAGUAUAGAGAGAUGUAUGGAGAAUAGUUUAGAGAGAAGUAUGGAGAACAGUUCAGAGAGAAGUAUAGAGAAUAGUUUAGAGAGAAGUAUGGAGAACAGUGAAGAGAGAAGUAUGGAGAACGGUCUAGAGAGAAGUAUAGAGAAUAGUUUAGAGAGAAGUAUGGAGAACAGUGAAGAGAGAAGUUUAGAGAGAAGUAUGGAGAACAGUCUAGAGAGAAGUAUAGAGAAUAGUUUAGAGAGAAGUAUGGAGAACAGUUCAGAGAGAAGUAUAGAGAAUAGUUUAGAGAGAAGUAUGGAGAACAGUUCAGAGAGAAGUAUAGAGAAUAGUUUAGAGAGAAGUAUCGAGAACAGUUUAGAGAGAAGUAUGGAGAACAGUUUAGAGAGAAGGAUGGAGAACAGUGAAGAGAGAAGUAUGGAGAACAGUGAAGAGAGAAGUUUAGAGAGAAGUAUGGAGAACAAUUUGGAGAGAAGUAUAGAGAAUAGUUUAGAGAGAAGGAUCGAGAACAGUUUAGAGAGAAGUAUGGAGAACAGUGAAGAGAGAAGUAUGGAGAACGGUCUAGAGAGAAGUAUAGAGAAUAGUUUAGAGAGAAGUAUCGAGAACAGUUUAGAGAGAAGUAUGGAGAACAGUCUAGAGAGAAGUAUAGAGAAUAGUUUAGAGAGAAGUAUGGAGAACAGUUUAGAGCGAAGUAUCAAACAGUUCAGAGAGAAGUGUGGAGAACAGUUUAGAGAGAAGUAUGUAGAACAGUCUAGAGAGAAGUAUGUAGAACAGUUUAGAGAGAAGCAUGUAGAACAGUUUAGAGAGAAGUAUGUAGAACAGUCUAGAGAGAAGUAUGUAGAACAGUUUAGAGAGAAGUAUAUAGAACGGUUUAGAGAGAAGUAUUGA